AUGCCAGAGAGAUACCCUUCCGAUAACAAGGAUGCCUCACCACUGGGGCAGCCGUUGAAAUUCGAGUUCAGCCACAAGACGUCGCCGAACAGAUUCCUCAAGGCGGCCAUGACGGAACGCCUGAGCUCGUGGGACCCUGUCCAGAAGGAGAAGAGGGGUGUGCCAUCGAAGGAGCUCAUCAACGUCUACAGGCGCUGGGGAGAAGGCCGGCUGGGCUUGAUACUUACUGGUAAUAUCAUGGUCGACUAUGACCAGCUAGAAGCUGCGGGGAACCCGAUCAUCCCACUCGAAGCCCCCUUCCAGGGCGACCGUUUCGAGGCAUUCAAGGAGCUAGCAACGCAAGCCAAGGCUCACGGUAGUCUGAUCGUUGGACAAGUCAGUCACCCUGGGCGACAAGUUCCGGCACAAGUCAACUCCGACCCGGUCUCUGCCAGCGAUGUUCAGCUCGAGGGAGAAGUCUUGGGGAUGAGGUUCGCCAAACCCCAUGCUGCUUCUCUGGACGAGAUCAAGGACAUCAUCAACCGAUUCACGCAUGCGGCAGAAUUUCUCCACAAGGCCGGGUACGACGGCAUCCAGUUGCACGGCGCCCACGGCUACCUGUUGGCUCAAUUCCUCUCUCAGACGACGAACAAGCGGACGGAUCAGUAUGGCGGCUCGAUCGAGAACCGGGCUCGCAUCAUCGUCGAGAUCGCCCAGUCAAUCCGGCAGAAACUCCCUGCGCCGUCGGGAUUUGUGCUAGGGAUCAAGAUCAAUUCUGUAGAAUUCCAGGAGGGCGGAUUCACCGCCGAAGAGGCAAAGGACGUAUGCGCCAUGUUGGAGAAGGCCGAAUUCGACUUUGUUGAACUGAGCGGGGGCACCUACCAGUCUCUCUUGUUCGCUCACGAGCGCGAGAGCACUAGAAAGCGAGAAGCCUUCUUCCUGGAAUUUGCCGACUUGAUCACCCCGAGUCUGAAGAAGACUAAGGCAUAUGUAACCGGCGGGUUCUUGACGGUGAGCGGCAUGGUGGAGGCUCUCAAGACGGUCGAUGGCGUGGGUCUUGCUCGGCCGGUCUGCCAGGAACCACGUUUGGCAAAGGACAUGUUGGAAGGGAAAGUGAGUGGGGCUAUCAAACAACUUGUCAAUCGAGACGACUUUGGCCUGACCAAUGUCAUUGCCGGGUCGCAGAUUCGACAAAUUGGGAAAGACCAGGAGCCCAUUGACAUGUCCGUGAAAGAGAACGUCGAAGCCUUCAUGAAGGACAUGGCGAAAUGGGCUGAGAAGAUGGGUAGCGGAGACCCGAGAAACUACGGCUAUGUCGAUAUUGAAAGCGCACCGACAAGGCCGUAUGGAGUCGCGUCGUCGUAG